AUGGCCCCAGGCCAGAAACACUUCUUACUGCUAGAUGUGGAUUAUUUCUCUAAGUGGGUAGAAGCAGAGGCCCUGGCCAGGAUCACAGAAGAUGCCGUCAUCCAAUUUCUAUGGAAGAACAUUCUUUGCAAGUUCGGUAUUCCACACAAAUUGGUGUCAGACAACGGAAGGCAAUUUCAAAGGAAGAAAAUCCAAGCUUGGUGUAAGGGGUUUGGCAUAAUGCAGACCUUCACUUCAGUGGCAUACCCACAAAGCAAUGGUCAGACUGAGGUGGUCAAUCGAGAAAUAGUACGAGGUCUGAAGGUUAAGUUGGAUCAUGUGGGAGGCCCAUCAGCUGAGCCAGAAGGAGCUGAGGGGGCACCUGAGAAGGCGCUGAAGGUGAGGCAGCUGGUGAAGGGCGAUGUGAGGGGCCAACUUCGGUGCUCUGAUGCUGUUGCGGGGUGGAAGAUUGAGCUAGCGGAGGCUCGGUCGGAACCACAGGUGGAGUAG